AUCGAUUUCAAUUUCAUUUCGGGUAAUCGUAAAAAAAAAUCAUUUUUUCUUUAAAUAUUUCAGGAAUUUGACCAAAGUCCAAAUUUAUUCUUUCUCUGUAGUUGGAUUGGAUUGCGUUAUACUUUUCUCACAAGUAAAUCAGAAGUUUAAUAAUCGCAUCUUCCAAAACCCCCAAUUUAAAUUUAUUAUUGAUUUAAAUAAUUUUCUGCUUUUGGUUCCUGAUGUGUGGUGGGGUUGAAAAUCAAAUAAUUUUCUUCUGGCAUUUCCGUGGCAUCGCACUCAUGGCUGCCUAAGAACUCAGCUGUUUUGUGUGAAAUCUGGAAUGACAUCUGUCAACCGGUACGAUGAAAAAAGUUAUUUAUUUUGGUUAGGUUGAGCGUUUGGCGUAUAUUUUGUAAAAAUUAAAUAAAAUUUUGAAAAUUCUAAUUAAUAAAAUGGCUUCACGUAUAAUUUGCCUAACAUUUGCUAAAACCCUAAGAAAUAUUCAAAUUCACCGUAAUGUCUUAGUGCACAGAAAAUCCCUGUGGCCAUUAAAGCCACACACAAGUUUACUUCAUUUCAAAACCUACGACAAAGAUUUACGAUUAAACGAAGACCCCCAAGUCAAUGUUUCUCCACGAAAAACAGAAAAUCUAAAAGAAGACCCCCAAAUCGAUGUUCCUCCACGAAGAACUGAAAGCCUAAAGCCAGAAUUCCUAAGCACAGAUCCAGAUGUUUUUGGUGAUGCUGUCAUAGAUGACACACCUCCAGAUCCCGGUGAUGUCCAAGAAGAUGAGUACAUACAAAAUCCCACGAGGCGAACUAAAAAAGCUGAUAUCAAGAAGUAUGCCAAGGAGAUCAAGGAGCAUCUGAAUAAUAAAAGAUUAAAGGAAGCAAUUGACGUCCUGGAAGUUAAGAUGCUGAAAGAAGAUCGUGCCAAACCCAAUAGUUAUAUUUAUAACCUUCUAAUUAGUGGAUGUGCCAAGGCCGGGUACACUAAGAAGGCUUUCCAGCUUUUCAACAAAAUGAAACAACGUAACUUGAAAGUUAAGGCUAGCACCUACACAUCCCUAUUCAAUGCCUGCGCUAACGCUCCGUCAAUUGCCGAUGGAUUGGCCAAAGCCAAUCAUCUGCGAGAGAUUAUGUUGGAGAAAGGAGUUGAAGCUAAUGAAGUGAACUACAAUGCUAUGAUAAAGGCUUACGGGCGAUUGGGGGACACCAAAACCGCCUACAUGCUUGCCGAUGAGAUGUUGGAUAAGAAACUCAAAGUAAACACCGAUACCUUUAAUUUUCUGCUUCAAGCUUGUGCCUCCGACAAGCGAUAUGGAUUUCGACAUGCGCUCCUAACUUGGCAUCGAAUGCACAAGAAUGGUAUAGCACCAGACUACUAUUCGUUCAACUUGAUGUUGCGAUGUGUCAGGGAUGCAUCCAUUGGCGAUGUAGAGACCAUGGAAGGGGUUCUAAGACACAUUUUUGAUGGAAGCAAGGAUAUUCCAACUUUAGGCUCAUAUGAACGUCUUCAAAUAACAGCUGAAUUUGCUGAUAAUACUAAUUCAAGAGAGCAUUUGGAGGAGAAAAUACAAGUGAACCCUUUUAAUGACAAGAAAACAGAACUGACUCGCUCUUCAAAUUCCAUUGAAAAGAGAGUCACAGAAUUGGCUCAUCCAGAAUUCGAAACUCCAAACUUAUUAACUAGUCGCCCACACCUAGGAAGUCUGGUAGCUCUUGAAGAAGUUAAAAAUCCACACGACAGACUUCUUCUGAUUGGGGGUUUUUCUGGGAUCUUGCUUGAGAUGAAGAAGUACGGCAUCACGCCUGGAAUCGAAACAUUUACCACACUCCUUGAAGUCAUCCCUCCAACUUAUGCUGCCGAAAAGCAACUCAUACAAAUGAUUCGCAAAAUUGGUCUCAAAUCCGACAUUGACUUCUUCAACAUUUUGAUAAAAAAACGAAGUAUGCGAUUCGAUUACGAGGGUGCCAAGGAAGUUCUGUCGAUGAUAAAAACGGCGGGAUUGUAUCCAGAUAUUGUAACAUACGGAGUGUUAGCGUUAGGUUGCCAAACACAGGAAGCAGCGAGGGAACUAAUUGCAGAAAUGAAGAGCAAGGAUAUCAGAAUGAACGCACAGAUCCUAGGAGCAAUGUUGCGCCAGGGAUGUGCACAAAAAGCGUUUGGAUAUGUUUCGGAAAUUCUACAAAUUAGUUUAGAUGAAAAUGUUCCACCAAACGACGUGUUUUUUCGACACUUGGACAACUUCUACAAACAAUGCGCUCAAUUGUUAGAUAUAAGACACUCUAUGACGAGAAAUAAGAACUUUAAGAGAGACCACGCGAAAUUUUGUAAAAAAUAUCGAACCUGGCAAGAGGAGCACGGAAUCGAGGGACUUAAGUUGGAAGAUGCAAUUAAGAAACUCAAACAAAGGCCAUACCAGCAUUUUAAGGAAGAUUCCAUUGAUGGAGUAGAAGAUGUUAAAAAUGUUAAGCUUUCGAAAAGAUCAAAAAUGCGAAAGUAUAUCAAGAAAAUAAAAGUUCAUAAUCUAAGAGGAGAUCCAAUAGAUCAGUCAGCUGAUGUUAAACGAAUAGAACCGGCUUGAGAAUUUGUUAGAUGAUUAUUUUGAGCUAUUAUUAAAAAGUUAUAAAAAAAGGGAA